UCAGAGCCUCUUCUCCUCUCUUCUCACAGCAGAGUCUGGGAAAGCCUAACCAUCCCCGGUCAGGACUUAUCACCCAUCCUGCCUGCACCAUGCCACCGCUGUCACCUUUCCAGCUCCUGCUGGUGUUCAGCCUAGCACUACAGCUGGUGUCUGCAAGUCCCAAGCAAUACUUUCUGAAGUAUAUCUUGGAACCUCCACCCUGCAAAUCAGAGCCUGAGAACUGCAGCAGAUUCUGUACCCAGCAGGAGGAAUGUCCAGAAAACCUUCAGUGCUGCUCUGCCUACUGUGGGAUAGUCUGUGCCUCAAACAAAGUCCCAAUGCAAACACGUAAGGGUAUCCUCUCCCAGCCCUGGCACCAGAGCUGCUGGCAGAGGCCAACAGCAGAGCCUCUUUUCCUUUAAUCUUAUUGCUGUUGUUAUUGCCAUAUUCCCAAUAUUGUCUGUCUUUACCAAGGAUGAUUUCCACAAAACUCCUAAUUAAAAGAACCCUCAGGUUCCACAAGACUUCUCUCCCACCAUAGUAUCUGUGACUCUCUCCCCCUGCCUCUCUGAACACACUCCUGUCCCCCUGCCUCUCUGAACACACUCCUGUCCCCCUGCCUUUCUGAACACACUCCUGUCCCCCUGCCUCUCUGAACACACUCUCAGUUGCCUCUUCCUCUAUGCUGGGACCUCCCUUGUCCCAGAAUCUACCUUUAUCCCAGCAGCUGCCUGGAAUGAUGUAUCUAUCUGGGCAAAGAUGUGCCCCCAAAUCACCAGCAUUAUCACAAGGCCAGAAGAGCCUUCUUCAUGGCCAGAUUGCCUGGUCCUCCAUUCUUCGCUUCACUGGUCUGUAUUUGAACUCAUUCCCUGGGAGCAGAGCAUGGUCUACAUCAUAAAGAAGCAGAGUCGUGUCCUAGGGGGAUGGCAAGAUGCCCAGACCUGAGGCUUUGCCAAGGGACAAACUGUCCAGCCUUCAGUGGCUGAGCAAGCACACUGACCCUUCACGCUCUGGGAGUCACGGGUUAACUCACUGUGCCUCUCUGCGACGGCCUGCUCAUGAGAAGGGGGAGUGAGAGAGAAAGAGGCCACCCGUGCCUUAGAACAUUGUGGGGACAACACGACCUGAACGGAUGGAAGGACACAGUCACGGAAGAGACCCUGCACCAUGAGAAGAGUGCACAGGAGGCCGCCCUUUUCCUUUCCGGGCUCUAGGUGUUUACUCUUUGAGAAGGGGGGGGUCACUUUUAUAAUCUCCCUGAGAUUACAGAAAGUGGUAAAUAAAAUGGAGUUCCCUGUCACUCCACCACCAAAACAAAAAUGAUAUUUACCAUUUGUGGCUUUUGUUCAGACCCCCCUCCUCCCCCCCCCUCUCUUAAUGUAGGAGCUGUGCUGAGGAAAAGACUCAGUGGUUAAGAUGGCUGGCUGUCAUAAGAACCACGAUUUGGAUCCCAGUACCUCACAAAAGUCUCUAACUCCAGCUCUAAGGGAUCCAACACCCUCUUCUGGUCUCUUCAGACACCUGCACACACAG